CCACCCACCCAUCAACUCUGACGACCCGCUUAGUCGAAAUGGGAGCCGUCGAAGAUGCUGUUGAUGCCGCCGCAAACUUUAUAGGACCGUUUGUAGACAAGGACCCAAAAAGUAGCCCCAGUGCUCUCGAUGCCGACCAACUCGUAGAUCAAGCUCUUUCGCAUCUUCAGGCCAUCAAUAACGCUGACCUGGCCGCGGAUCCCGACGCUCCGUACGAUGCGUCCCUCGCUGGCGUUGCAUAUGGCCUUCUUGAUCUAAUCACUCUGCUUGGCAUUUUGCCUAACCUCUCUCCUGGCGUCGUAUUCAGUCAGCGUCCGAGAUCCGUCCUUACAGUUUUGACCACUGUACCGUCUAGCAGGGAUGCAGGGUUCCUCUCCAGAGUCGUACAAACAUUGAUACCCAUCUUGGAGCAGCGAGGUUCUGGCGUUCAGCCUCUUCUCUCCCAGCGAAUCUUCCCAGAUAUCCUUUCGGCACUUGCAGAGUUAUCAUUCUCUCCCGCCUCAAAUCAAGAGAUACAAACUAGAUUUAAUUCCAUCUACGAGAAGGCCGUUUCCGAAACACCGACCUCUCGGCUUCUCCCAAUCCUGACUACGUUCCUUCAGCAGUCUCUGCCAACGUGGCUGAAGCCAACUAUCUCCAAAGAACUAGCAUUGGUUCCCCUUCGCCAACAGGGAGUUCGUCAUACGAUCGAGUUUCUCUCACUCUCGUACCUCUCCAAGAAUGGGCAUGUGCCUGAAGCCGCCUCUGGCCCGCAGUCGCAAAUCCCAAUACCGCUGGAAGCAGUCACACAAGCGUCCCGUUUGCUAGUACUGCCACCCGCUGAGGUUAGUCAGGACGAUUGGUUACGUAAACUCGCUCCCCAGCUGCUGGCCCUGUUAGACGGUACAGAGGGAAGGGAGCUGAGUAGAGCAGCCGGCCAGGUCAUUGCUGGCGGGAUUCUGAGUAAGAAAACCACUGGUGCGCCAGGAACUGUGGGAUGGGGUUUAUUUGCUCUACCACUACUACAGUCGAUCUACCCGAAGGACCUCGACAAGGCGAAAUCUCGAAUGAGCUCAGAGAAGCAGGUCAUUGUACACGAACAGGAUCUUAAGCUGGCACUAAAGCGGCUCUCUGUCAUCGCUUCGUCAUACUCGCAUGCUGGCCUCUUGCGGCGACUUGUGGGCCCUCUUCUACUUCCGCUCUGGGCACUGUUGAACCAUGCUAAAGCGAGACCGUCGUUGGAUAAAGAGUGGGCACGGCUGGCGCAAAUCAUCCUGACCCGAUAUAUGGCAAUUGCUUGCGACGUGAAACAGGUCGACAACAUUACCUCAAACCUCUUCUGGGAUGGUGAUGUAUUUUGGAUAUUUGGACCGGGAUCUCAGGGUGGCAUCGAGAUACGUCGGCGGGGCAAAGACCUUCACGGUACGACAGAGAUGGACGAAAUCCUGUCACGAAUAGAACAUUUGGAUUCUCGGGUUAAUGUCCUUGUAUCUCUCCUGACAGACACGAAUAUCUCUGUCGACGUCGUUAGUUCGAUAUUUUUGCAAGUAACGAAGCGAUGGUUGUCGCCAAAGCAAAUCCCAGGGACGACGUUGACCAAUGAAUCAGAGAGUGACCCUCUUACUGCCCUAACGGAUGCGAAGCUGUCCGAGGCCUUGGCUACAAAGUUCAAAGAUCAUUUUGCUCGGAGUCCCCAGCACAUUAUUGAGCUGAUGGGGCAGCUUGUCCAAAAUUUUGUUGAAGAACACCAAGUCAGGGCGGGGGAGUUAGUGAAGCCCGAUAAACCAAGUCGAGCGAUGCUAGGUAGCAUCGUCAACAAACAAGGACGAGAUGUUUUAGGAAGGGAAAGUGACGAGGGACAUACUGCGGAUGAAGACCUGGUAUCUUUUGCGCUAAGUAUUAUCACUACCUUGGUAGCUUCGCCUCACUUCAAGAAAACGCCUGUUGUGACAACGACGUUCGACCAGGUUGUACCGUCCCUUGUAUACAUUUCGCAGCCGCACGAUCGACUUCCCAUUUCAUCUUUGCUUACCAACUCUGCGACCAACCUUCUUGCCCUCAUUAGUCCUUCUACAUCAUCCUCAUCAACGCCUGCGACCGCGACGGACCCUCUCUCCGAACAUCGAGCAACACUGAAGACCGUCCUCUCAGACCUCACGUCCUCAGAGCCCCCAAAUCGUACCUGGGCACUCAACACUCUGCGAAAACUCGUACAAAACCCCGCCGCUUUCCCUGUAAUCGAUGUACCGUCAUCGACACACAUGAUUAUGUCAGCUUCACUCGCCGAUCCAGAGUCGUAUGUCCAUACAGCAGCAAUACCCGUUUUAGUCGACCUGGCGAUCCGCGCUCCAAAUCCCGUGACCAGGAUACUAACGGAUGCGUUCAUAGACAUUGACGAGCAAUCUUUGAAGCUCGCUAGAGGCAAGCAAACAGAAGAGCAAGAGAGAGACUUACAGAAUGCUCUCGACUUCCGGUUACGAGUCGGGGAAGUUUUGAAUAACAUCAUCCUUGAGCACUGGUUUAUGGACUCGCACAACGAUGCUGCUCUUCGAUACAGGUGUCUAAAACAAAUCGUUGAGGCUUGUCUAUCGCUUGCAAGCCGCCGUGGCCAGCGCACAAGGACAUUAUCAACGCGCACCCAACUUGCAGAGGCAGAGCAAAAUUUACAAGAUGAGGCCGAAGCAGCAUGGGGCGGUCCCAUACCAAACUUACUUGAAUCUGAAAUUGAAGACCCAAAUGAGCAGGCGGAGCGAAAUGCACUGUCAAAUAUUGUGCAAGGAUGGAAAGAUACAGGAAUUGAGGAAGAUGUGCGGAUUCGUACUUCUGCAUUGAGCGUACUUUCCACUAUCCUUGAAAACCAAUUAGGCCUGCUUAGCCAGCCUACUGUUGAUGCAGUGUUGCAAAUCGUCCUGUUGAUCCUCAGUGUGGAGACACCCGAGGCGAAAGGAAUUCUGCGGCGCGCUGCGGUGCUCGUCAUCAUGGGCCUACUGCGCGGUCUUGAUGCAGCGCUCGAGGAUGGCGAAAAUAUCCCUGUGGGGCUGAGCAUCAAGCAACAAGUAGAGGUUGAAAGGGUGGUCAAAUGGGUCAGAGAUGACGAUGUAGAUGCGCUCGUAAAAGAUCAUGCAGCGAAUGUGGUGGAGGGGCUGGAGACGCUGAGAUUAAAGAAGCUGUACAAGAUGAGGGAAGAGGGGUUGCGACCGGGACUUGAUCUUGGGCUAGAGGGGAGCAUGAGAGGGCUGGAUGUAAAGCCUGAUUUGGAGGGAAAGCAAAGAAAAAGAGUAGUGGUGGAGGAGAUUGAAUAGUUUUGAUCGCUUGAUUCUCGAGGCUAUAGUAUCGCAGACUUUUAAACCAAAUCCAUAUCUGCGCCUCAUGUCCUCGUGGUAUAUCCGAAUAACUGUUGCGGCGAAAGUGCGGCUGUCUCCCGGGUCGCGCGUCAAGUGCCAUGCUCGCUAUCUCGAGUCCCUGUAGGCCUCAAAUGUUGGCACCAUAAUAGUCUUUUGGACGCCGUUCAUAUGGCGUGUCGUAGGCUCAGGCUCUGUACCUGGCGCACUUCAACCGCUCAUGGCAGAAUCCUUGGUAGCCUUCGGUUCCACCUCCUCGGCCUUCCCGAUCCACAAGACGUUGUUGCAUCGUAUCAAAACCUGUCCAAGUGUGCCCGAGCUCACGCCGUUGACAAAUUCUUCCGUAUUCGAGAGUUGUAUGUUCAUGUAAAGGUCGACGGACACGAGUCUGCCCUUGUAUUCGGUUUCGCCCCACUUUAACCGGACGACGAUAUCUUU